UGACCCCGGCCGGCCGAGGAUGAUCACGAACACGCGGGGCUUCUUGUGGUCGGACCUGGAGACGCGGGCGCUGCUGGAGAUCUGGGGCGAGGCGGACGUGCAGUCGGCUCUGGACGGCAACUUUCGGAACAGCCAUGUGUACCGGGACGUGGCGUGCCGCCUGGCCGAGCUGGGCUUCGAGCGCACCCCGGAGCAGUGCCGCAUCCGCAUCAAGGGCCUCAAACGACAGUACUACCAGGCCCGGGACGGGCUGAAGAAGAACGGGCACGCCCGCAAGAUUUGCAAGUACUACGACGAGAUGGACCGAAUCCUCAGCUGCCGGGGGGGGCCUGACGGAGCACCCGAGCCGCCGCCCCCUCUGCCCGACGGUCCGCAGCCCCUCGGAGGGCCGCCCAGUCCGGGCGCGCUGCACAACGGCCGCGAGAACGACCCCGAGGCGGACGAGGACGCCGGGCUCGAGUCCCCCCGCGACAACUUCGCCGAGGACUCCGGGGAGUGCUCCUCGUACACCGAGCGCCCCAUCAAGGUGGAGUGCCCCCCCUUCGCCAUCCCGGUGCCUCCCGGAGACGGCUUUAAAGAAAUGAGCGCUCCGACGGUUACCCCGCCUCUCAGUCAGCCCAAAAGAUCAAAAAAGCGCCAUGCAAAUUUAACGUUGGAUAAAAUGAUGGAGAAAUUCCUGCAGCAGAGCGUGGAUACAGAAGAAAAAUUUUAUAGAUACGAAGAGCAGAGGCUCAAAAUUGAGGACAAACGUCGUGAAGCUGAGCACGCUCGAGAGCUCCAGAUGCUGCAGAUGUUGGGACAGAUGUUGUCAGGAAUUUCUUCGACGGUAUCACAAAGGGCACAGUCUAUACCAACGAGUCCACCUCAGAGAGCAAACCAUCGUUCUUAUGGGGAUAACUUUAAUUAUAAUGCUAUGACAGCAGCACUUUCUCCGCCGAUAGUUAUAGAGAGAUCUUUUUCACUGCAUCGAAAUCACACUCUAAAGGAUAUGGAGAAUAUUUUUCAACUGGUGCGCAACGUUAUUCCUCCUCUAACUGGGAAGAGGCAUAAAGGUCAAGAUGGACGUAUAGGCAUUGUUGGAGGAUGUAGAGAAUACACAGGAGCACCAUAUUUUGCUGCAAUUACAGCUCUCAAAGUGGGUGCAGAUUUAUCCCAUGUGUUUUGUACCAAAGAUGCAGCAACAGUAAUCAAAUCAUAUAGUCCCGAGCUGAUUGUUCAUCCAGUUCUUGAUAGUCCCAACGCUGUGCAUGAGGUGGAUAAGUGGUUACCACGACUGCACUCAGUUGUCAUAGGACCUGGCUUAGGCAGAGACGAAGCUUUACUUGAGAAUGCUAAGGCUAUUAUAGAAAAAUCAAAACUGAAAGGAAUUCCUAUCAUUAUCGAUGCUGAUGGAUUGUGGCUUAUUUCCCAGCAGCCUUCUCUUAUUCAAGGGUACCAGCGAGCUAUUCUUACUCCUAACUAUAUGGAGUUUAGCAGACUAUAUGAGGCCAUGCUUAGAGACCCCGUAGACAGUAGUGAUCAUCAUGGAUGUGUUUUAAGACUCAGCCAAGCCUUGGGGAAUUUGACAGUUGUUCAAAAGGGAGAACGAGAUCUUAUUUCAGAUGGAGAGAAAGCUUGGUCUACACUUGUUGAUUCCCUGCUCUACAAAGAUGAGCUUCACCAUGCUCUUAGUAGGUGAUAUCAGUGCCAUCACUGACCAGGGUAGGAAUGAGUACUCAGCCUAUGGGGAAAAGGUAAGUCAGCUUUUAUUCACUAUGGCACAGCUCUCUAAGGCUUUCUUUUUAUAAUUCACUGGAGAACUGGGCAAUAAUAAAGUGUGGUUAUACCCAUCUUAGUUCCUAGCAAGUUUAAAAUUUGGCUGGGUCCUUGAAGUAGAGAAUUUAUUUUGUUGAUUGUUUGGGGUUUUUUGGUUUUUGUUUCAUUUUGAUUUAAUGCUACGAUGAGUUUUUCCUAUACUUUUGCCAGCACCUGCGUCUGUUCUCUCCUCCUUUCCCAAAGCAGGGCUCACUGUAACCAGCCAGUUGCUGCCUCUUGUCUGCUCCUACCUGGAGCCUAUAACAAAACAUUUCUCUCCUGUUGCCCAACAGCAUGGACAAGAAAAGCAGAGCAUGUGAAAAGGAGUAAGGUUUACUGAUAUGGGGUGAAAAAUAUCUCUUGCCCUGAAUCCCCAAACACUACUUAAGAGUUUCUGCCAUUUAUUCCCUACAUGGCUAGAAAAGAAGCUGUUUGGUGCCUGUCAGUCUCUGGCUGCCCAGUAGAUUCUGCCUAGAUUGUAAGUGAAAGGCACUGUCUUCAACUCCACUCCUGCUUCUGCAGUCCAGGCAAAACAGAGCUCUUGGUUACCAUCCAUGGUCCCACUCUCUUGUCAACUACGUGCUCAGCUCAGCCUGCUGCCUCCCUGUCAUUACUUGUCUAUUAUAACAUCCAUUCCCUGGCUCCUGCACCCAUCCAAGGAAAGAAAUACAAAAUUUGUUUUCUUUUAACAUUCGUUACCUGUAUUACCUAAUAUGUCACACUCAAGGACCUAGCUAAGUUUUAGCAGUGUGAUUAGUGAAUAUGAAAGUAUAAGCACCCUUUAUAUAAAAGCCAACUUACAUUUUUCCACAUCAGUUGAGGAGUUUAAGGGAGCUUAUAAGCAGGAGGGAGGGGACCAACUUUGCAUGGUCUGAUAGUGAUAGGAUAAGGAGGAAUGGCUUUAGACUAGAAGAAGAGAGUUUUAGUUUAGAUGUUAGGAAGAAAUAUUUUGCUCAGAGGGUGGUGAGGUGCUGGCAUUGUGGAGAUUGUGGAGAUGCUGUAGGUGCCUCAUGCCUGGAGGGAAUUAGAAGCUGCUUGUGUAUAGAUAGCUAUAUCAAAAUUCAUGCCUCCCAGUCAGCUCACAGUGUUUGAUAUCAACAAAGCUACUAAAUUCUAGUUUUGUUUUUUUUUAAGCUGUCAUGACAGCUAUUUUCAUUUACAUCACUGACUGUUUGUUUGUUUGUGUGUUCGUUGUUUUGUUUUGAAUUAAGCAUAGAAUAGCAAUAAAUGUGUCAUGCUUUUGGGUUUUGAUCUGCCUGCACAGUUUGGGCUGUGAGCUCCUUUGGUUCAAAGCUUGCUGGUAGAGAUAAAGGGUAGCAUGAGGCCAUGGUCUGAAUGCUUCCCAAAAUGCUAAUGUUUAUCUUCAAGGCAUGCUGAAAAGGGACUGAGGGUAACUUAUUCCAUGGCCUGAUUUAUGUUAGGCAGAGAGCCACUAAAUAAUUUUCCUAUAGUUAUCCAGGAAAUGUGGGGCUCAAUGUUGAAUUGUUUAGUACAUAAAGCUUGAGAAUUUCUACUUUCCAAUAUUCUGUCAGUGUGACAGCCUUCAUUUCUUGUUCCUGUUGUUACAAAUUGUUUUAAUGGACUUCUGUAGGCAAGAAACCUGUGUGCCUCUGUGUGCCAGGGUGUUGUAUUUGCUGCAUACAGCUCUGGCAAUGUUUACGUGCUGUUUAAUUGUUGAGAUGGUGUUGAAAUUGUUGCAGCAGGGCUGUGGUUGUUCUGGCUGUAGUCGAUCUUUCUUGCCUUAUUUCACUCAGAGAUUUUGUCAGUUACAGCCUUUUUAUUUCAGCUGCUUACUACAGGUCUGUGUGCUCCAUAGUGCUAGGGAGUCAGGUUGACUUUUUUUUCAGAAGGUUGCCUGGCAUAAAUUGGUUUUCAUUAAAAGUCUGCCAUUAAUUAUACUGAGUUAGUUUUUCAGAUCAUUGCCCUGUGAAAUAAUGACAUCAGAUCUGGUUGCCAGGAGCUAUUCAAAAACAGAGCAGAGCACCUCGAUCCAGCUGACAUCGGCUGCCUGUUUUUGCCUCUGAAGGUCUUGUUUUUCUAUUUACCUCAUCCACUCGUGUCCAUCCAGGCUGGAUGGGGCUUUGAGCAACCUGGUCAAGUGGGAGGCGUCCCUGCCUACAGCAGUGGGGUUGGAACUGGGUGAUCUUAAAGCUCCCUUCCAACCCACACCACUCCUUGUGAUCUAACAGAGCUCUGGUGGCAUCAGCACCACUUGGCACUGCUGGUGCAGUGGUGUCAGGAGGGCACCCACGUGGUGGCUGAAGAGCUGCUCUGUGCAGGCAGUGGGGCACAUUCAGUUGGGGUGUUGGGUUGGCAGGGGUGAGGAAGGCAGCAGGGUGUUCUUACUGUGGUAGGAGAAGAUUGAGAAAAGCAUCUGGAAGACUUUGUCCUGUGCGGGUUGGGCAGCACGCCAGGCUGUCACAUCAGCUGCUGUGGGAUUCCUUCUUUUGUUUUAAAAGCUCUCAACAGCGACUGUUGUUCAGAGGAGCUUUUCAUUCCUUUUCACACUGCCUGUUGUAAUGUUCAUCGUCCUUUUAUUGAGGGAUGUUCUUUGAGGAGUGGAGCCUCUGUGCGAGAACUGGCCGGGCGUUAUACCUUUCCCCCUCAUUCAGUGAAUUUCCUGUAAUUCUGCUGCUUUGAAGCUAUUGCUUGGAUUUGUUUUCCACCAUCUCUGUGCAGAGUACAAAGGUCUGCCUUUGUUGCUGCCUGUGAGGUACUCUGCACAUAUUUGAGACUUACAAACAAAAGAGCACUUCUUUUUUUGUAGCGGGGUAUUAUAAUUGGCCUAGUUUGAGCAGAUCUUACUUCCCUGCACAGCUCAAAACUGACUGUAAGGUUGUGGGGCUGCAGAAUAGUGGCAGAUGGUGACAUACAGCUAAUAAGCAGGGGCUUGUGCUCAGCUGUCAGUCAGAAGGCCUCAAAGCUUUUGAACAGAGGAUUUCCAUCCUGCCUCCUGCCAGGAGUUCAAGACCUCAAAGUGAAAAUCCUGUGAGAUACCAUCUUCAAAGUAACAGAAUUAGAGGUAAUUUCUCCAAAGCACUGUAUUUAAAUAAAUAAAGAAAUAAAAAAAUCCACCUAAGAGGGCAUACCUUGUUCAAAUACCACCCUCAGAAGAGUAUUACACUUGUGAAAUUUGACAUUAACUACUGCUCACUGAGAAACACCUCCGGAAUCUUAAUUUGGGGGCCAGGGGAAGGGAGGGAGAAGAGCAAUUGGGAAAAUGAAGUGCUGGGAGCGCUGCAGCGGUGUCUGCUGUGUUGGUGGUGACUAAUGAAUCUUUGCCCUCCCAGUGGCAGCAAAAACGCACAGCUGCCCGGCCUCGUGAGCCCAGCAAUUACCGCUGGAAGAGUUGGGAAGCAAUGGAAGCGAAGUACAAUUCUCCGCUGCACUGAGUAACAAAGAAAUGAGCUGUGCAAAUGAACUGGGAAGGUUUGCUUGUGUUAAGUAGGUUGUUUUAAAUCUUGCUGUUCAAGUUUUACCUGCAAGGCCGUCAGUUUGUGCGCAGGCAGAUUUUUCCCAUUAUCUGAAAGACACGGUUACUCUAAAAAAUAGGGAUGGUAAUCCCUUCAAAACUCCUAGGCUGCUCUGUCGCACACCUUGGAGAAUCCCAAGGUGAAAGCUGUUGGCACAAGCAGUGCCUUGCUUCGUAUUGCCUUGUGUGCUUUGCUUGCCCAGGAGCAUGCUAAUAACUGGCUUCCUACUUUUGGACUUGCUGAGAGCGGAGAGCAAGGGUCUUACAUUCAGUGAAACCAUCUGCUUGUCCCUCAUAGUUAAAGCUCCACAGAGAUCAGUUUGAACAAGGACCUUGGUGUACCAAAACCAGAAAGGCAGCAGCUGCUAUCUGACAGACCUACCCACAGCAACGCUGCUGACAGAGACAUGCAUGGACUCUCAGGACACUGCUGACUGGCAGAGAUCUCUUUUUGCCUUUGAUUUCUACAAAGCCUAAAGAAAAGACUGUUUACAGUAAACUUGCUUUCUGAUGUGCACAGGUGGCUUCAGAAUUGAGUUCCAUUUUGCACUUACUCCAUGUGAAAAGCCUUGGUUUACUGUUGUGAACUCUGAAGGGCUGAGGCUCUGCAGAGAUGCACACAUGCAGUGGGGAGAUCUGGGCCACUGUGGGGUGUGUGUGCAUAUAAUGGUGGCAUUGGUGGUGUAUGGAAACAUGGAGCACUAAACUGCUGGGCGGCAGCGUUCUCUGCAGGCUGAGUGGAAUGGAAACAGCAACAGCGUUGUGCCACGUCACUACAAAGGAGUGAAAAGUAACUGGAAAGUGGUUUGUUGUUGUUGUUUUUUUUUAAUAUUAACACAAUUUAAUUUUGUUGUUGUUAACAAAUAGCGUAUUUCAGCAUAUGCUGCUGCCUGUGAGUUCCCCCAGAGCUUCGCUCCCACAGCCGCAGCAAUAUCACGGUGUAUAGAAGCAAUGCACCUGACUGGUUUGGGUUUGCUCGU